UUUCCGGUUUAUUCGGACGUGAACGUUUGUUUACAUUUAUUUUCUUAAUUUACUAUUAACUGUGUUGUGUAGGUUGUGUAACGUAAGAUGGGCUCGUCAAAAAAGCACAAGGAAAAAGACCGCGAACACAAAAAGAAACGAAAGCACAGAUCUAGGUCCCGAGAUCGCUCGCGUUCAAAAGAAAGGGAUCCCAAACGGCGACCCCGGGCGAGGGACGAAGAUCGACCGGACUAUGGACAUGACAGGGAAGAGGGCGAAAUAGAAGAAGCUCAAAAAUCGGGUGCCACAUCUGGUGGUGGAGAUUUAAGCUUGUCAAUUGAGGACACAAAUAAAUUGAGAGCCAAGUUGGGUCUCAAGCCUUUAGAAGUGGGUCCAAAGAAGCCAGAUACAGAGAAGGAGUCAUUGAAGGAUGAUGUCCAUAAGCCAGCAGAGAACUGGGGAGAUGCCAAGAAAACAGAGAAAAUUAAAGAGAAGCUUGAUAGGGCCAAACAAAGGAGACAGAUCUCCAGUAAAUUGGGGAAGUUGAAGACAUUGGGUGAGAGUGACUCUGAUGAGGAUGCAGCCACCUGGGUACGCAAGAACCGCAUGAAACAGAGGGAGAAGGACCGUGCAGACAAAACAGCACGUAUGUUGGAGGAGAUGGAUGAAGAGUUUGGUAUCGGCAAUCUCGUCGAGGAGGAGUUCGCUGACAAGACAAAGAAAUACUCCUCCAAGCACCUGAAGGGUUUAAAGGUUCAACAUGCUGUAGACAGCUUCAAGGAAGGACAGACUGUCAUCCUUACACUACAAGAUAGAGGUAUUCUGGAUGAGACUGAUGAGCCAGAGACGCUGAUAAAUGUGAAUAUGGUAGAUGAUGAAAAGGCCAGCAAGUUUGUGGAGCUCAGCAAGAAGAAGCCAGACUAUAACCCAUAUGAUGAGGGAGAUGAGGAUGAAUAUGGCAUGUUCAAGGCUCGCGAGGUGUUGUCGAAGUAUGACGAGGAGAUUGCAGGGGAGAAGAAGAAGGAUUUCCAGCUGGGCGCUCGCGGCUCAUACAACACGGAGGAGGACAAACAGAUGGAACGUAUCAAGGCAGAAUUACGGGCACAGUCGCAAACACUGUCAAUAAGCCAGACAUUGGCCACGGAGUAUAUGACAGCAGAAGAAGCACAGGCAACAUUUAAGAAGGUGAAGAAGAAGGUGCGUAAGAUCCGUAAGAAGAAGCUACUGAAGGCGGACGACCUGCUGCCACUGGGGGAUGACUCUCAGAACUAUGGAUCAAGGUCACGAGGGCGGGGUAUGGUGAAGGAGGAGGCAGACCCAAUCCCCGGACUGGACCUAGUGGAUGAAGCACAGGUCCCGACAGGGUUCCCGGCCCCUGUGGCGCCACAUGUACCCGUACGUGUCAAAGCUGAACCCCAUGACAGUGAUAUGGAUGAGGACAUGAUCUCAGAGGAUGAAGAUGAUGUGCAGGUAGAGGACCUUACUGGUGUGAGGAUUGAUGAUGACGAGGCCAACAUUGAGCUCCAGUCCGCCCUUGAAGUCGCCCGGAAACUCAAACAGAAGAAAGACAAACUCAACCCAGAAAAGAUAGCAGAGAAGAUUAAGGCAGAGGAUGAUGAGGCGAUGCAGGGUGAGGGAGGAGAAUCCAUUGUGCUCAAUGCUACCUCAGAGUUCUGUCGAGCCCUCGGGGACAUACCCACCUAUGGACAGUCCGGAAACAGAGAGGAAAUGGAGAAAGAUGAACUCAUGGAGUUGGAGCGUGAGUUACAGGAAGAGCGUCGGAGGUUGGAGGAGGAGGAGGAAGGUGAAACCUCUGGCUGGAAUCGUGUUGAGAUCGACGAAACACCUGUCAACCUUGCCGAUGAGGAGGGAGGUAUAUUGGAGGAUGAGCCAGUGGUGAGUGGCGGGAUGGCAGGGGCCCUCACUGUGGCCGUCAGCAAGGGCUUCAUGGAGCAGGAAAAGAUAAAGCCAAGCCGCUUCAGUCAGCAGCUGAUGGAGAUCAAGGCUCAGAAUUACUCCAUCGAGGACAAGAGAUACGAUGACCUAGAUGAGAAGUACAAGAAGCGGACUGACCGCUACGCUGGCGCCCUAUCGGACUUUAAGGACAAAGCUGGUUACAAGCCAGACUUUAAGCUGGAGUAUGCUGAUGAGACUGGCAGGCUGCUGAACGAGAAGGAAGCUUUCCGGCAACUGUCACACAGAUUCCACGGCAAGGGAUCCGGCAAGAAGAAGACGGAAAAACGUGGCAAGAAAGUGGAAGAAGAUAAGAUGAUGUUGAAGAUGAGCACCACAGACACUCCCCUUAACACAGUGGCCCUGCUGAAGGAAAAACAAAGACAAGAAAAGACGCCAUAUAUCCUCCUAUCUGGGAACAAGGGAUUCACACACACGAUGGUGAAGCCAACUACUUGAGGGGAAGAAAUCUGACGGAUGGAAUAAAAAAAUAAUUUUCUGAUAAUGCUGUUGGAAAGGGCUGGCAACCGUGGACAUUCUUUAAGUGUGAAAAAAGUUGGAAUGAUAAUUGUGACAUUGUUGUAUCAAAAAUAAUGAAACUGAAAAAAAAAAAGUUUUCGAAUAUAGGUAGUGUUCAAUGGGUGAAAAGGGCCUGAAAUCACUUAUUAAUAGCAGUGUCAAAUGUCAGAAUUCACUUUCUAAAUGUUUAUUAAUGACAUUGUUUUGUGAAAUAAAACGAAAGAAAUACAACAAAAUGGAGUAUAU